GUUGUAUUAUGCAAAAAAAUGUUGAAAAUAUGAUUUUAUUGUGUGUAUUUAGGACAUAUAAAUGUAGUUUAAGCAAGGCAAAAGAGUCUUUCAUUUUAUUCCUCAAAUGUUUAAAAUGUGAUUUCUACAUUUGCAGUUUGUAUCACAUUCUAAAUACAAUUCAUACUUUUAGAUGUGGUGGAAAUGACAGCUGUUCAGUCAGAAGAUUGAGAGCUCAGGAAAAUGACAUCUCUUGUAUGUUUACUUUUGGAGCUAGCAAAUAAAUGAAUUAAACCAGUCAAAUUGGGAAAAGCAUGUUUAAAGGGAGUUUAUUAAAUCCACAGGCCCUUAGUCGAAGAAACACCCACAUUCGAGCAUGCAACUGCAUGGCUUCAUAGUUCAGUCCAGUGGUUUGUAAUUGGUUUUGUGUAUGCAUAUGUACAGGGUGUGUGUUGUUAUAAUAGUGAUUGGCUUGAAUUAGUUGCAACUUCAGAUGGGGAGCGUGUUCAAAGUGUUCUGCAUUGAAGUUUUGAUGAUCCAUGUGUGGUUAAAACACAGCCAAAAUAGAAUGAUACCAGAUACACGCAGCACGGCUGUCGGCAGCACGGCCUUCAGUUUCUGAGGGGAGGAAUAAUGAUGCAUGGCUGUGAUUCACAUCACACUAUAGGAUAUUCUGAAAUUGAAGAUGCAAACAGGGCAGUUGAUGAAAGGUUGAGAGAUGAAGGUAGAAGUCGAGGAAGAAAUACAGACAGAUUGAACUCUCCUGUCUGCCUACCUGUUUUCCUUUCUCUCUCUGUUGCUCUGUGCUUAUGAUUGUGUUUUGUAGUGGAAAGUUUGUAUAAUAUUGUCAAGCAUAUGAAUUGAAGGAGAUAUUAGUUUAACCCUGUAAAGCCCACUGUUGCAGAAUUACAACAUUGCUUUUAACAAUUUUUAAAAAAGGGCAGCAAAUGGCACACCCGCAUCCUAUUCUGGGAUUUUUACAUAGUUAAUGGGUUCUAUUGUUUGUUCUCACAAUGCUAUUGGAUAGAAUAAGUGUUUAUAAGUCCGGUCAUCUGGCCAUGAACUCACUCUGCCUGCAAACUUCACGUUGAACUCAUCUCCUUUUUUUCCAUGACUGGAUUUGUCAAGAUUCAAUUUGUGACAGAAGACAUGAUUGAGGCUCUGACAAGAAACACAAAUUAGUACAGCUUGCAAAAAAUGGAACAUCUGUAAACACCAAUAAUAAGGAAAUUGAGAAGAUGCUUGGCAUGUACCUGAAGAUGGACCUAAUGCAAAUGUCUGGAGUCCGUAUGUAUUGGGAGAGGGACACACGGUACUCCCCUGUUUUUGAUGUGAUGUCCCGCAACUGAUUCCAAUCUCUGUUGACUUCAUUCCACUUUACAAACAACUUAACUGUGUCAGAGAUGGAAAAGAAGGACAAACUCUGGGAACUCAGACCAUGGCUGAAUUCAUUCAGGGAGAGAUGCCUGCAGGUGGUACCUGAAGAACACAACUCUGUGGAUGAAAUUAUGAUUCCUUUCAAGGGGAGAUUCAGUAACAUCAAGCAGUAUAUGCAUGGCAAGCCACACCCAUGGGGGUUCAAACUGUGGGUGAGAACUGGAAUCUCUGGCACACGCUGUGUGACUUUGAUGUGUACCUAGGGAGUAUAGAUAGAAUUUGACAAGCCAAAUCUGAACUUGGAGUGUCAGGUUAUGUUGUGAUGAAGCUCGCCUCCACACUUCCAGAGGGUCAAAACUACAAGAUCUACACAGACAACUACUUCACCGGUGUCCCAUUGAUAGUCAAGCUCCUUGAGCAUGGAAUCUAUUAUGUGGGAACAGUGAGGCAGGUACGGCUACCCAACUGCAACCUUGAAGAUGAGAAGAGCAUGAAGAAAAAGGGGAGAGGAAGCUUUGUUGUCCGAGUGGAGGGGAACCACAACAUCUGCACUGUCAAAUGGUAUGACAACAGAGCGGUCAUACUUGUGUCAUUCUUUGCUGGACCAGAACCUGUGCAGAAGAUUCAGCGCUGGGACAAAGCCACCAAAAACAUCAUUGAUAUUGAGAGGCCUUAUAUUGUUGGUACCUACAACAAACACAUGGGAGGUGUGGAUUUGUUGGACUCAUUUGCUGUCAAGUACAAGUUCCCCAUGAAAUCCCACCGCUGGUACAUUUACAUCUUUUGGCACACCAUCAUCCUUGCUGUGAUUAACGGCGGGCUCCUCUACAAGCGGAACUGUAAAGCUCUGCAGAUGACUAAGAAAGAGAUACUGAACAGCAGACAGUUUCAGGCACAACUUGCAACCUCUCUCAUCCUGGUGAACACACACAACACAACACCCAAGAGAGGGCGACCAUCUUCAGGGAAGACGAACCCAUUCACACAGAAGGUGACAUCAGGGAGCCCUUUCAAUCCUCAGAAGAGACCAUCCUCAACAGAUGUGAGUCCUCCAGCUGAGAAGUCAUUGGACCAACCCCCACUGGAUGUACGCAAAGACAUGAUUGCACAUUUCCCAGUAUACGACGAAGAGAGGACGCUGCAGACACUGCAAUAAUGGAUACACAAACACACUGCGUAGCAAGUGCAAUGUUUGCCUGUGCUUCUCAGAUGAAAAGAACUGUCUUAGGGACUAUCACUGCAAGUAAACACAGACUUCAUUCAA